AUGGACAAUCAAAGCCAAGUGACUGAAUUUAUCCUCUUGGGACUUUCACAGAAUCAAGAUGUUCAGAAAAUAAUAUUUGCAAUAUAUCGGUUUUUCUACCUCACAGCUCUGGGGGUGAAUUUAUUUACUGUUGUGACCAUCAUUUGUAGUCCCUCUCUUCUGGGCUCACCCAUGUACUUCUUCCUAGCCUUUCUUUCUCUCCUGGAUGCCUACUUCUCCUCUGCCAUUGCUCUAAAAGUUAUAGUGGAUUCCCUCCCUGAGAGGAGAACGAUCUCAUUCAGAAGCUGUAUGACACAGCUUUUUGCAGAGCAUUUCUUCGCAGGUGUUGAGGUGAUCAUCCUCUCAGCCAUGGCCUAUGACUGCCAUGUAGCCAUCUGCAAGCCUUUGCACUAUGUUACCAUCAGGACACAGAAGGUAUGUAGGAUCUUGGUGGAAUUAGCCUGGUUGGGGUCAUUUGUGCAUUCCAUUGCCCAGCUCUUCAUUGCCUUGAACUUACCCUUCUGUGGUCCCAAUGUAGUCAACCACUACUUCUGUGAUUUGCAACCCUUGAUGAAAUUGGCUUGCACUGACACAUAUGUGUUAAACCUCUCGGUUGUUAACAGUGGCGCCAUCUGUGCAGUGAGCUUUAUAUUGCUAAUGAUCUCCUACAUUGUUAUCUUAUGUUCUCUGAGAAAUCGCAGUAGAGAGGGGAGGUUAAAAGCUCUUUCCACCUGCAGCUCUCACAUCAUUGUUGUCCUCAUGUUCUUUGGCCCCUGUAUAUUCAUAUACAGCAGACCACUGACCACGUUUCCUGUGGAUAAAUUGGUGGCUGUCUUUUAUGCCAUUGGAACUCCUUUGCUCAACCCUUUGAUCUACACACUGAGGAAUAAAGAAGUUAAAACUGCUAUGAGGAAGGUGUGGAGCAGAGGUAAAAUUAUACAUAAAAAAUUACAUGCAUAG